AUUUUUCCCCUUCUCCUUCUCCCAAAAUCUAUUUUCCUCUUCUCCAUCUUCAAUCUCACAAUUACUUUGAUUUUCUCUUUUUUCUUCUCUCUUACUCCACGCCGCUCGCUCUCUCUCUCUAAACAUUAUUAUAUUUGCGAUAUAGUAUUGUUUUUGUUUUGAUAAAUAUUUACGACUUCGAAUUCAAAUUUAGAUACUUUUUUCUGUUUUUAUUGAAAUUCAGUUUGAGUUGAAGCAGAGAGCGAGCGGCGAGCUGUGAGUGACAAUGGCGACACCACCAGAGGAACCAAUGGAGUUUGAUGAUAAUACUUUUGAAAGACAACAAAGGAGGCCAGUUUUUGAAGAAGCUUCCAUGUCUAAUAGGCGUUUCAAAAAAAUCAAAAGUCCAGAACGUCAAUCCUCUGUUCAACAACCGUUUGAUCAUCGUAAUAAUCCGACGCCAAUGGCGUUUCCUCCACCUCCGUCAUCGUCAAGGCUUGUUUUCCCUUUUGCCUUUGACGGUACGCAGCAGUCCAUGGAAAGUUCGUCACCAUUGGGAGCGAACGCGAUGCCUCUGUUUCAUCCACAGCAGCAAAAUCAGCAGCAAAUGAUAUCUUUUUCGCCUCAACAGUGUCUUUACCCUCCGUAUUUUGCAGGGGAGUUAGGGCCAUCGCAGAAUCAGCAGCAGAUGUUGAGGUAUUGGAAUGAGACGCUUAAUUUAAGUCCGAGAGGAAGAAUGAUGAUGAUGAGCAGAUUGGGGCAGGAUAACAGGGGAUAUUUUAGGCCUCAACAGGUGCAAGUACAGCCAAUUUCCGCUACGAAGCUAUACAGAGGAGUGAGGCAGAGACAUUGGGGGAAAUGGGUAGCUGAAAUUCGUCUUCCUCGUAAUAGGACUCGUCUUUGGCUUGGUACUUUUGAUACAGCUGAAGAUGCAGCUAUGGCUUAUGACCGCGAGGCGUAUAAGCUAAGAGGAGACAAUGCUAAGCUCAAUUUCCCCGAACACUUUAUUGGUAAAGACAGAGGAGAGACAUCUACAGAGGCUAAUUCGUCUUCAAUUACUACUCAUGAAUCUUCCUUGCCUGAACACAAUUCUGAAAGUUUACAAUUACAGACUGUAAAUAACGAACAACUGCCUCCGUCACCGCCCCCACAGCCACCACCAGAAGGUGAUAACCAUGACGAGGACUCGGGGAUAGGAUCGAGUCAGGUGACUACUAAUUCACAAUCAUCUGAGUUAGUAUGGGGUGAUAUGGCGGAGGCUUGGUUCAAUGCAACUGGUUGGGGUCCAGGUAGCCCAGUUUGGGAUGAUUUAGACACAAAUAACAACCUCAUGUUUUCACCUAAUCUUCAUUUUGGGAAUUUCAGUCAACAAGAGCCUCAUGAUUCUGAUCCUCAUCAACAUCAUGACACGAAUAGCGAUCCAUCUUCGCCUUCAUGUCCUAUGAGGCCGUUCUUUUAGGUUCACCUUCUCUCAUACAUUCGUCUCGUUAGGAUUUAGGUGCACAUGGAAACAAUCUGUUGCAGAAAUGUAGGAUAAGACUGUGUACAAUAGACCCUUGUGGUCCAUCCAGGUCACGUGCUCAAGAGAUUUACAACUCCCUUUGGCCAUAGGAGAUUCUUUUAGAUAAUCUCCACGGAUGAAUCCUUCUGGCGAUUCCACGUCAUCCUCGUUCAUCUCUUACUCUCGGGACCUUUCUUCCACUUGAGCCACCAUACUUUGUCAUUUCUGCAAAAUGGCUGCAUAUUUAAAGCCUUUUCUUGCAGUGACAAUGUUUACUAGUACUUCAUACAAAUGUAUCACAUUUAGUUGAGAUCAUAGGGUAGUAGUUUGUGUCGUUAUAUUUAGUUAAGUUAUCUUAGCAUAGACGUCGAGGGAGAUAGUUUUAUGAUCUACUCUCGAUAGUCACUCCAUCACGAGCUCAUUUUUUGAUUCGCGAGGAUGGAGGAAGUUGAAGUGUCUGUAUAUCUAUUAUCUUCACUUCAGAUAUGUUGUAAUGUGUUUGUUGUUGUUGUUGUUUUUAUCGAAGAUAUUUAGUUCAAGUUUCUUUCCUU